AUGUCUAUGAGGGCAAGACAGAAGAUUCGAGCUCCGCGAAGGGGCCUUCCCGCGAACGGAGGAACGAAUGAUUUCGAAUUGAAUUGGAAAACACUAUCGGGUUCUCUAAGCAGAAUACACACGAAGGAUGCGUCGGAACUAUCGUUCGAGCAGCUUUACCGGAACGGCUACACCAUCGUAUUAAUCCAGCGCGCCGACGAGCUGUACGACCGUACAAAGCAACUGGAGAAAGAAUGGCUAUGUGGGGAGGUUCAGCGGCGAGUCAUUGCUGGUAUUUCGCCUAGCCUGCUGCUUGCUAAAGAGGUCGUGGACGUGCAAGAUCAAGCUACGGAGAGACGCGAGGCCGGAGAGCGGUUCUUGUCAGUCUUGAAAGAGGUGUGGGACGAUCAUCAAACCUGUAUGAAGAUGAUCACCGAUGUCUUGAUGUACAUGUUUAUCGUCGAGAAGGAUCGAAUUAUGUCGCAAAAGAAAGUAUCCAUUUACUCCGCCGCCAUGGCUCUGUUUCGCGACAAUGUCCUGCGGGCUUCAAUGCCAUCGAGUGAUAAUAUCUCUGUGGCCGACGUACUCAAAUCGACGACGCUAUUCAUGAUCCAGCUGGAACGCUCGGGACACAUGAUUGAUCGGACUUUGGUUCAUCACUGCGUCAAAAUGCUGGAGGGGCUGUACGAAACGGAGACUGAAGAGGAGUCUACCAAACUCUACUUGACCUCGUUCGAACCGGACUAUUUAGAAGCGAGUGCGGCGUUCUACCGAGCCGAGGGCAAGCGACUGCUCGAAACAGUAGACGCUGCCACAUUCUGCGCCGUCGUCUACGAUCGAAUAGCGGAAGAAAAGGAACGGUGUUCGUAUACGGUCUCGAACCUUAGUGAAUCCAAGAUCAAGGAGAUUCUGGACAACGAGCUUAUCCGCAAUAAUCUUGCCGAGGUCAUCAAUUUUGAAGGAACCGGGGUUCGAGUCAUGCUGGACCAAGACAGAAUCAACAACUUGAGCAAGAUCUUUGCCCUCAGCGCGCGGGUCGACCCCAAGAAGAAUCAUCUGACUGCAGCGGUAUCAAAGCGUAUCGUUGAAAUGGGCAAUGAGAUCAACGCUGCUUCAUUUGCUUUAGCACAGACAUCAGCGCCGUCCAAGUCAAGUGCACCGGACGCAGGUCAAAAGAAAGAUAAGGAGAAAGAGAAAGAGAAGCCUGUCAACCAAGUUACAUCGUCUGCCAUCAAGUGGGUGGAUGACAUUCUAGCCCUUAAGAACAAGUUUGAUGACAUCUGGAAAAAUGCAUUUGACUCUGACCAAGUGCUUCAGAGCGCGAUUACAACAAGCUUUUCGAGUUUCAUCAACUCUACGCCACGCAGCUCGGAGUUCCUUUCGCUCUUCUUCGACGAGAACCUCAAAAAGGGCAUCAAGGGUAAAACGGAGAACGAAGUUGAUUCUCUACUGGAAAAUGGAAUCACCCUCUUGCGUUACAUCAAAGACAAGGAUCGCUUCGAGGCCUACUAUAAGAAGCAUCUCUCUCGGCGAUUGCUAAUGAAGCGCUCAAUGAGCAUGGAUGCAGAACGACAGAUGAUUUCGAAGAUGAAGAUGGAAGUCGGCAAUCAAUUCACGCAGCGAUUAGAAGCCAUGUUCAGGGACAUGACUAUAUCAGAAGACUUGACCAGCAGCUACAAAAACUACGUACGGGAACAGGGCGACCCCGACCAAAAGCGACUUGAGCUGGACAUCAAUGUCCUCACCAGCACCAUGUGGCCUAUGGAGAUCAUGUCGAACACCAAGGAUGGGCAGAUCGAACUUCCUUGCAUCGCCCCCAAGGAAGUUGAGACUGUCAAGCAGAGCUUCGAAAAGUUCUACCUCAACAAGCACAGCGGCAGAAAGCUUGCGUGGCAGCAUAGCAUGGGCACAGCUGACAUCAAAGCAACCUUCCAUCGGUCAAAUGGGAAAGUACAACGCCACGAACUCAAUGUGUCCACCUAUGCCAUGAUUAUCCUCUUACUUUUCAACAACCUGUCGGCGGACGAGUCCCUCACAUUCGAAGAUAUCCAAGCUCGCACACGGAUUCCAGAUAACGACCUCAUUCGAAACUUGCAGUCACUUGCCGUGGCGCCCAAGACUCGUGUCCUCAAGAAGGAGCCCAUGAGCAGGGACGUCAAACCCACGGAUAAGUUCUACUUCAAUAACGACUUCCAGAGCCAGUUCUUGAAGGUGCGCAUUGGCGUCGUCAGCGGCGGAGCCAACAAAGUCGAAAACCAGGAUCAGAGGAAGGAAACGGAGGAGAAGAUGAACAACGAGCGCGGUGGUAGUAUUGAGGCUGCUAUCGUGCGCAUCAUGAAGCAACGCAAGAAGUUGACUCACACCAAUCUGAUCAGCGAAGUCCUCAGUCAGCUAUCUGCUCGCUUCGUGCCCGAUGUCAACAUGGUCAAGCGACGGAUUGAGAGUCUGAUUGACCGCGAGUAUCUCGAACGUGUUGCCGAGGAGCCUCCCACGUACGGCUAUGUCGCGUGA